UUUCUGCGGCAAUAUUUCCAAAUUAAUUUUGAGCCGAAAGAAUUUUUUUUUAUUUUUUUAACUUUGAAGAAUAGUUGUAUUUUUUCAGAUUAUUAAAAAAAUGGCAAAUUCCAAUGCAAAAUCCACUGCGAAUACAUCCAUUUUUAGUACAUUCAAUAAAGUAUAUAAUAAUAUGAAAAUAACUAAAGAACAAAUCUAUUCGAAUGUUGAUGAGAUUAAAAAUAUACGUGAUGAUUUUGAACAAAUGUUUUUAAUCGAUACGGCAAAAUUUUUUACCGAUAAAUUAAUCACACUUGAACAAGAUCAUAAUGAUGUCGAAAUUUAUCGAAUGGCUAAAUUAUUACAUCAAAAAGAACAAUAUCAUCGAGCUGCAUUGUUGAUAACGUCGAAUAAUUUUCAUUUAAAAAAUCUUUCCGGUCGUUUUCUUGCUGCUAAAUGUUAUUUUGAUUGUAAAGAAUAUUCAAAAUCAUUAGAAUUACUAAAUCUACCAAUCGAUAAUUUAACGUUUGAUGAAAAAGGUGGUUCUUUCGAUCAGUGGAAAAGUUCCAUUCAUUUAUUAAAAGGUCAUAUACAUGAAGCAUUGGAUGACAAAGAAUUAGCUAAUAAAUGUUUUUUCGAUGCACUUGUAUUGGAUCCAUUCUGUUAUGAAGCUUUUCAAGCUUUGAUUAAAUUCGAUAUGAUCAAUAAAGAACAAGAAUGUCAAUUAUUGGAAUUUAUAUCAUCCACAAACAAUGAUCAAAGCGACAAAUCGGAAGCAAUCAAUAUGAUGAAAGAAUUAUAUAAUCUUCAAUUUCAUCACCACCAUCGUCAUGAUAGGAAAGAUGUUGGAAUGAACACUGAAGAUGAAAAUGAACAACAGAAACAAUCAUCGUCAUCAUUAACAUUGUUAAAUAAUUCGCUUUUCUCCAGUGAUGAUGUUCGAUUGAUUCAUGCUGAGAAUUAUUACAAUGAUUGUCAAUUCAAAAAAAGUUAUGCAAUUCUUUCCGAAAUCCAUUCGAAUGAUAAUUUAAAUCAAAAAUGUCUAUUUCUUAUGAUCGGUUGCCUUUUAGAAUUGAACAAUGAUAUUGUAUUACAAGAGAUAUCGCAUAAUUUAGCUGAAGCUAUACCUGAAAAUGCAAUUGCAUGGUAUGCUGUUGGCUGUUAUUAUUAUGCAACAUCAAACAUGGAUAAUGCCAGAAAAUAUCUAAGCAAAUCAACAUUGAUUGAUCCAAAUUUUCAAGCAUCAAUGCUUAUGUAUGGCCAUUCAUUCGAAAUGGAAGCAUUACAUGAUCAAGCAAUAGCUGUAUAUAUGGAUUUAAGUAAAAUUAUGGCUCAUUCAUAUUUACCGAUUUUAUAUGUUGGCGUUGAAUAUUGUCAUCUGAAUUUUCCAUCAAUGGCCGAACAAUAUCUGAAUCAAGCAUUGGAAUUAUCUCCAGAUAAUCUAUUUGUACUUCAUGAAUUAGGAAUAGUUUUCUAUGAGAAAAAAGAAUAUGAAAUUGCAAAAGAUUAUUUCAAAAAAGUUUAUAAAAUUCUUGCUGAUAAAAAAUUACUGAUGGAAUAUCCACAAAAAUGGGAACCGUUAUUAAAUAAUCUAGGCCAUGUACAUAGAAAAUUGGGCGAAUAUGAUGAUGCUAUUAAUUAUUUUAAGAUAGCUAUACGAAUGAUACCGGAAAAUUCAUCCACAUUAGAUGCAUUAGGUUUGGUAUAUGGUUUGAAAGGUGAACUACAGAUGGCGAGUGAUUAUUUUCAAAAGGCCCUUAGCCUUAAACGUGAUGAUGCAUUCGCAUUGACAAUGUACCAUUUAUUAUCUGAUUAGAUGACAGCUUUAACUUCAAACAC